AUGAUCUCCACGUUGCAGGUGAUCAGGUGGCUGUUGAUGGCGGACGCGGACGCGAGACCUACGGCAGCAGAGCUCUUGUCAAGCGCGCUCUUGCCACCCAAGUUAGAAGUGGAGGCUUCCUUCCUGAGGGAGGCGUUACGGGUGAUGGGAAACCCCGAGAGCGAUACGUUUCAGGUGGUCGUCAAGGCCCUCUUGGACCAAGAAAUGGCAGAGCAUGUGGAGCACUGGUACGACCACGAGCCUCUCAAGACCGUGGCGGCUCGAAUACCGAUAGAGGCACCGGCGGUGGCCUUGGUCUGCGACGGAUUGCGGCGAGUCUUCGAGACCCACGGGGCCACACCGGUAGCACCCCCGACUAUUCGGCCCAAGCCUCCCCCAUCUCUAGCGCCUCCCGUUUCCGCCUCCAGGGGGCUGGUGCGGCUAGUUGACCGUAAGGGGGCGGUGGUCACCCUGCCCGGGAACCUGACCUCGCCGUUCGCCCGGUUCGUCGCGAGAAGCGGCGUGACCCGCCUAAAGCGGUACCAGAUUGACCGUAUCUUCCUCGCGGGGGGCGCCGGCGAAUCAAACGACCAUUCCUCGGACCGUUCCUGCGUGGAGGCGUGGGAGGCGGACUUCGACAUCAUAUCCUCGGGCCACUCCUCCUCUGCCGCUGCUGCUUCGUAUUGGGGAGCUAGCCGCGGCGUCGACGGCAACAGUGGCAUCACUGCGAGACUUCCGACAAGUUUGGACGGUGAUGGGAGAGGUGUUCGUGCAGCGUUAGGGCAUCAUGAUUCCGGAGAGGGCCGGUUCGAGGUGGCCGAGGCGGAAGCUGUUCUAGUCAUAUCCCAGGUGACCGGCCUGCUUGGCAAGCUAGCCAGGGGCUCCAUGACCGCGGCGAAGGCGUUUUCCGAAGUGGGGUCCAAGGGCCUAUCCGAGGAAACGCUGUUGAACGUUCGCCCUUUCCUGCACCACAUGGGCAAGGACCCCUUCGAGGCCUUGUCGCGUCUCGAGGUGCUGGUGCAGCGCAUCCCGGCUGUGAAGAGCGUCAUGCAGCUACCGGGCAGGCGGAGGGAGUUGACUCGAAAGGAGGCCGUGCGAAUGAAGCGGUCCCUCCGUGUGUUUCGAGAAGCGAGGGAGGGGCUCUCCGCUCUUGUCACAGGCCUGGCUCGCCUGGGAAUCAUAUCGCUUCCUUUUUCGUGGGAUAAGGAGGACGAUGCUGUCAACAAGGGCGGUAAGAGCGGCGGCGGCGGCGGCGGCGGCGGUUCUCAAGCGUCGUCGGUGCGCUCCGGGGGUGGCAAGCGAUCGGGAAGGCGGAGGCAACAGCAAGCACGCGGGCGCGGCGGCGGCGGCGAGUCUUCUGGCUCGACCGCGGCCGGCUUCGGCCUAGGAGGUGCUGUUCGAACGGGGGGCGAGUUGGACGGGGAGUGUUGGAAGGGUGGGGUCGUGGUGAUGCCCUCGUUCGUGAUGCUUGACCUUGGGCUGACGCAGUGGCAGGGGAGCUACGCGUCCGGCACGGUGUUCCAGGCGGCACUUGUGAACGGAGCGUCCCUCUCUGGCAAAGGAGACGACGGGUACCGCAGUUCUUUGACGGUGGCCGAAGGCGGGCGUUAUGACGACUUGGUCGCCAAGCACCGGUACCACCUGCGUGCCACGAGCAAGGUGUCCGGGGCCUCGGCCUUGUGUGCCGUAGGCGUUCGCUUCGCGGUGGAAAAGCUGGCCUCGAUGCUCGUCACCGCUAGGAACGAAUCCCUUCCGGGGCUCAAGAACCAACCCCAGAUUUCACGGCGGCCUGUGGAUGCCAUCGUGUGCGCCGGUGGGGGCUUCGAGUCGCAAGGGCAGGAGCGGGUUCUGGUGGCGGCCCGACUUUGGGCCGGCGGCAUCCGUGCGGAGUACCUCGCAACGGAUGCGCUCGUCAGGUGCGUGCGCACUACUGGCAACCGGGGCUUCCACAUGGCGUCCCCAGAAAACUGA